AUGGCCACCUUUGUCCCCAUACCUUAUAACUAUGUGCCAACUGCCCCGCGUUCUCGGAGCACAACAACCCGCAGCAAACCUGCAGGUUUGCGGCCGGCCUCAACGCAAUCCAGACUCCUCACCGAGGACUCCCGCGGCAAGCCGAUGGGAGUCACACUUGACGCUCUACGGCCACUGGUAGACGCAGCAGCUGGUGAGAAUGGGAGCGGUAUGACCAGAGAUCAAGUCAACAGUAGCUUUGCAUAUAGCGGCAACAAUAGCGAAAGCGAUGGCGAUUACUACUUCCCCACAAUCGAGGAGCUCUUGCAGGCCAAACUGGAAAAGGAGGGCUUUGGUGUGGGGGGGCCGGACAAAGAACACAUGAUAAGCGGAGCUGUGGAAGAAAGCUUGGGGAGGGCCGGCUCCGUCGACCAUAGCACAUCAGCAUUGAGCGACAGUUCUAGUGGUCACCAAUGCAAUUCAAUUGUACUGGAAGAUGACAAGUCUAGUGCCUCCAAGGAUGAAAUCAACUGCGGUAGUCUUCGCAGAGGAAGCGAGGACAAGGACCAGGGGAGUAUUGGUAGCAUUGAGGCUUUGUCCAACUCGAACAUUCCAACGCCUCCUUCCGAUCCCUACUCGAUAUUGGAUUCCAUGCUUCUCUCGAGCGAGCCGUUGCACGUCCACAUCAGCACACAGGACCCUUUUACGGCUUGUUCUGAGUUUGACCCCACAAAGCCUCUCCUUCAACAUGAUCACAGCCAGUCUCCACGCUGGCCCAGAUUGUCACAACAAAAUCUACUCAGUCAGGAAGUUCUUGCCUAUCCCAGGCAAGCUAAGCCUGCACUUGAUAAUAAUACCAUCUCUGAGGAGAAGCUGCUACAGCAGCAAGACGAGGAAGAGAACAUCAAUAGCAAUUACGAUAGACUGCGACCGUCAAACGAAAUUACGGCGAUGGUAACGCCAAUGACUGAAAUGGGCGACGAACUCCAUCUCUCCACGAGUGUGAUUAGAAGGACCAGCGUAGCCAAGCGCCACAGAAUCCUCCCCACCCGCAGUCAAUCCCUGGAGCCAAGCGAAGAAUAA